AUGUCACUGGUGACUCCGUUGCAGUUUUCUACAGUCCAGCCAAACUUAUAUAGAGGAUCCUAUCCACGAGAGAUCAAUCUCUCAUUUUUGAGAACCCUUAGAUUGAAAUACAUACUCUCAUUGACACCAGAACCUUUAAGUAAUGAUCCGGUAAUGGCAAAAUUUUGCGAAGAAAACAACGUCAAGACGAUCCAUAUACAAUGUCAAAAUGAGAGGAAGACAGACAAGACUAAACCGAAGAUUAAGAGGAAAAAGAAGGCAGUUCCCAUUGAAUACGACGUCGUGGUACGAUGUGUUAAAUUUUUGAUCGAUAGGAGACAUUAUCCCUGUUAUAUGCACUGUACUAAUGGCGAAUUGAUAAUAUCUCUUGUUGUUGCAUGCAUGAGAAAGUUCUCAUACUGGAGUACAGUGUCUAUAUUAAAUGAGUUUUUGGUAUAUAAUUCCAGUAUCAAUAUUCAUGAAAGAAAUUUUAUCGAGAAUUUUAACUCCGAAAUCGAAGUAGAUAAUCUAGAUAUAAAGGACAAAGUUCCUUGGAUUACCGUACGAUAUAUUCCGCGGGCAUCAACAGAAUCGAAAGAUGAGGUGCUUACCGAAAACUCUAACAAAUCUGAAAAGAUAGCAAGAGUAAGUAGUGUAUCAAGUACGUUGCCAAAAUUGCAGUUUCACAGUAUGUAA